AUGCGUCCUCUUAGCUUCCUUCUAUUUAUCGGCCUUGCAAAUGCCCUCUUCAUUCCAUGGCGCCGGACAGCCAAGUCUUCCGACAUCACUGUGCUAAACUUUGCAAGUGUAUUGGAGCAAAUGGAAUCUGAUUUCUACUCUCAGGCGCUGAAAUCAUUCACCGCUUCCGACUUUGCAGUAGCUGGAUUUGCUUCGGGAGAUAUCCCAGUCACCGAGAUUCAGCAGCUAGCCAGUGACGAAAACUCUCAUCUAGCAACUCUUCAAGCUGCCGUUAAGGCUCUCGGUGGCCAGCCAAUUACGGGCUGCAAGUUCGACUUCUCCUCGGCGUUAACGGAUGUGAACACUAUGAUCACUUUCGCCCAGUUGAUGGAAAAUGUCGGUGUGAGCGCAUACCUGGGAGCAGCAUCUUCCAUCUCGGACCCUGCAUUACUAUCCGCUGCAGCCUCAAUCAUGACAGUUGAGGCUCGCCACCAGACGGUAAUGAACAUCAUGAAUGCCGCAGCGCCUAUUCCACAAGCUUUCGAUCUUGCACUGAACCCGUCGGAAGUCCUAUCCAUCGCCGGCCAAUUCCUAAGUGGCUGCAGUCUCGACAUAACUGCUACGCCCCCGCUCUCGGUCACCACCCGGGCGAGUCAAAAUGGUACCCUCCUUGAAUUCCAGAGUUCAGCAUUGAAUGGAACCUCAAGCACGGGAUUGUACUGUCAACUCAUUGCAGGCGGGGCUGCUAACACGACUAUGCAGCCAGCAGAUAGCUGCCUGGUCCCUGCGGGCGUCAAUGGACCAAUGCUCGUCAUGCUUACCAAAGACACUCGAGAUGUUGGAUCCAAAAACCGGACAGCUGCCAAUGAUAACAUUGUUGCUGGCCCUUCAAUGAUCAUCAUCAUUGAUGAACAGGACCCUUUGGGACAGCUUGUCCGCCCUGGAGAGAGCAAUAGCACCUCAUCGACUACUACUUCCUCGACUACUACCUCUACGUCCGCUACGAGUGCCACCGCGACCGCAUCCGCGUUCACGACCGUUCUAUCGGCUGCAUCUGCUUCGACCUCCACUACAUCGACUUCCGCGAGCACAUCAUCUGUGGCGUCAACCUUGGCAGCAACCUCGGUCACAUCGACCUCCUCUAAGGUAUUGUCGACUUCAGUUUCGUCGGUCACAACUACGUCUAUCAGUACAAGCACCACUUCCUCGGCCAUCUCUGCUACCUCUACUUCUGCGAUUUCUACCACUGCUGUCACCUCUGCUGUCACUACCACUGCUAGUAGUGUCGUUUCUACGUCUUCAGCGCCGUCGGCUACCUCGGCUACCUUGUCGGCGAGCGGGCCUUUUACUACUACCAUUUCACCCUCGCAGGCGAGUGCUAUCAUUGCGAGUGCUGCAUCUUCCCUUCUUGCAGCUAUCCCAAGUAUCUAG